AUGGCUCCCAAAUCUCAAAAACGAAAGAUCUCAAAAACUGGAAAAAAAAAAAUAACAUUACCUGUUAGUGAAGAAGCAGAACCUAUAAAUAUGGAGAGCAUGGGUCAUCCGGAAAUUUAUCCUUUGGUGUUAACUACCAAGACCCAGGAAAUAUUUAACUGCCGAAUAGAUGAAGAUAUCACGGAUGAACAACCUUAUAAACUUAUCAGAAAAGAAGAUAUUUUUGCAGAUUUCAUAAACAGAGCUGCAGUAUCUGAUUUCUACCCAGUCAAAAAAAUUAUUCAGGAAUAUCCUGGAGAUGAGCUUCUGCUAGUUUAUGACAAAGACUUCAAAUAUGGACUUAACUUUUAUCUUAUUGGAACUGAAGAGGGCAAGGAAAACUAUUUAAAUCCCCUAGAGGUACCAGAAGAACAGGAGGAAUAUAAAGAGCAUAUUCCUGAGGAUCUGUAUGUUUAUAAGCCGCCUGUCUCCAAGCCAUGGGUCUCUUUGGGUAGUGAAAGAGAAAUUGACGAAGAAACGGUUAAAGAAUCUACAAAACAGAUUACAUAUAUGAUUUCUCGAAAACGAAGUGAAUUUGGUGCCCCUAUUAAGUUUAGUGACCAGAAUGCUUCCAGUGUAAAAGAUGCCUAUAUUGAAUGUACAGCCUACCCAGAUAAAAAUUUUACCCUUAAGCAACUUGAAAGAGAUGUCGGCAUGCAAGUCAUCCCCCAAAUCAAGGACAUAAGUACUCAGACAAGAUGGACAUAUCCCCAAAAUGCCACGACACAAUAUCAUCCAAGAGAAUUUUCAGAAGAGGAAAAAAAGACACUGGAACAAUCAAAAACUUUGACUGAUUUUCUUAACAGUGUGUCUAUGAGUGUUGAAAUAGCCCUGCAGCAAAAUGAAAUCAUGAAUGUAUUUAUUGAUGACUGGAAACGCCUGGCAGAAGAAGAAGGCACCUUUGGGGACAAGACUGAUACCCACCUGAAAGAGUACCAGUCCUUUACUGACCUUCAUAGCCCCACGGAGAAGAUGAUCACCUGCGUCUCCUGGCAUCCAGUUAUCUUUGGGCUAAUAGCCGUAUCGGUGGCUGUACGACUCUCCUUUGAAGAGAGAGUCCACUUUUCUGGUAAAUUAUUGCUGCAGCCAUCACUGAUUCUUUUCUGGAGCUUCUCCGAUCCCAUACAUCCUCAGUUAAUGCUGGAGAGCCCAGAUGACAUCUUCUGCUUCGAGUUCUGUCCAAGUGACCCUAAUAUCAUUGCUGGAGGCUGCAUAAAUGGGCAGAUUGUCAUGUGGGACAUCACCGCACACGCUGAUAGAAUAGAAAACAUCAAGGCGGGUGGGAGCAGAAGUAAAAAAGUCACCCUCAAGCCAUUGUUUCUACUUGAACCAGAGAGUAAUAAAGAAGUAAUGUAUAUCAGACACUGUGCUGUCUCCUCAAUAGAAAACGGACAUAGGAAAGUCAUUACCGAUAUACACUGGCUGUCUGACACGUUUGAGAUUAACAGACUGGGUUCUGUCUUUGAAAAUCGAAGCGGAAUAUCCUGUCAACUUGCCACUUGUUCCGCAGACUGCACAAUAUGUUUUUGGGAUAUCAGACCACAGAAGGCUUUAACUCCCCAGCCAACAGAGAAAAAGAAAGAAGAAAGUAUUGAAAUUCCUUUUGAUGUACCAUCCACUUUUUUGCAUCUAGAUCUCUCCUGGAAACCUUUCUCUAAAAUAAGACUGUCUAAAGGUGAAACAACUUUGGACCACUGCCCGACCAAGAUAAGCCUGAGUGAUGACACCCUCCUUUACAAAGAGCAAGAAUCGGGACAGUCGUCCUUUGGAGGUCUGCCCAUUCUUCGUUGCAGGAAUGUAAACAGUGUUAUUAAGGAUGAAAUGGCCUUUUCCACUCCGACAGCAAAGAAGCCAGUGAGCCUCUACACGGUCCACGACGGGGCUGUGCACACUGUUCAGAGAUCACCUUUUUACCACGACAUCAUCCUCACCGUUGGGGGAUGGAACGUGGCCAUCUGGAAAGAAGGUGUUAUGACUGGACCCCUCCUUCAGUCAUGCUGUGCACCAAAAAGGUACACCUCGGGGCACUGGUCCCUGACAAGGCCUGGAGUCUUCUAUAUUGGCCGGGAAGAUGGAUACCUUGAUAUCUGGGACCUUCUGGAGAAAACCCACGAACCAGCCCAGUCACAAAACAUCUGCAUAACUAUGAUCACCUGCGUCAAACCCUGGACCUUUUCUGCUAAGCAGCAGUUUAUAGCCGUAGCCGAUUAUUUUGGAACACUGCAUAUACUGGAAAUUCCUUGGACGUUAAGUCACCCUUCCACCAAUGAGGUAUCAAGUGUACAUUACUACUUUGAAAGGGAAGUCAAGCACCUGGAAUAUGUAGAGCAGCGCAAAAAAAUUCGUGAACAGGAGAAGAAAGACAUGGAGCUGGAAAUGGAGAAGAAAAAAGUUAAAAUGUAUCAGAAGUCAAAAGAACAAAUGGAGACUGAACUGAAAAUGGAAUACGAGAGUUAUUUGGAACUGGAAAGGAACGUCCUCGUCAAUCUUGGUCUCAUCAAAGUGAAAGAGACGAUGUCAUACGUGGAAAUGGUAUAAAAGAGCUUCCCAUAGGGGUGUUCUGGGGGCUUCGUGGGACUGUCCUUUCAUUCAUUAUUUUUUAUGUAAGAUGAACUAGCAAACUAAACAUUAAAAAGGUUUACAUAUGAAUAUUAAGCUUUUAUUUCACUGCUGUUAAAACUUUUGAAUUAUAACAAUAAAACGUUUCAGUUUUUGGACUGAA